AUGAAACUCAGAACCCAAUCAUCCUUCGCUGCUCUGCUCGCCCCUUGGGGCCUAAGCGGGGACCGGAAGGGCGCGGCCGGGGAGGAGCGGGUACGGUUGGGGGCGUGUCCUCGAGGAGGCGGAGACAAGAUGGCGGCCCAGAGUGCUUGGAGGACCGAAGAGGUGCGGCCGGGGCCACGCCCCGGGCAGGAGGGACGCUCUGCGCGCGCCCGCUCUAUGAUGCUUGCGCGCGUCCCCCGCGCGCCGCGCUGCGGGCGGGGCGGGUCUCCGGGAUUCCAAGGGCUCGCGUCGGGGAGCGCGGGGCCGGGGCCCAGGGGACCCCGGGCCACGGAGAGCGGGAAGAGGAUGGACUGCCCGGCCCUCCCCCCCGGAUGGAAGAAGGAGGAAGUGAUCCGAAAAUCUGGGCUCAGUGCCGGCAAGAGCGAUGUCUACUACUUCAGUCCAAGCGGUAAGAAGUUCAGAAGCAAACCUCAGUUGGCCAGGUACCUGGGAAAUACUGUUGAUCUCAGCAGUUUUGACUUCAGAACUGGAAAGAUGAUGCCUAGUAAAUUACAGAAGAACAAACAGAGACUUCGAAAUGAUCCUCUCAAUCAAAAUAAGGGUAAACCAGACUUGAAUACAACAUUGCCGAUUAGACAAACAGCGUCAAUUUUUAAACAACCUGUCACCAAAGUCACAAAUCAUCCUAAUAAUAAAGUGAAAUCAGAUCCACAGAGAAUGAAUGAACAGCCACGUCAGCUUUUCUGGGAGAAGAGGCUACAAGGACUCAGUGCAUCAGAUGUAACAGAACAAAUUAUAAAAACCAUGGAACUACCGAAAGGCCUUCAAGGAGUUGGUCCUGGUAGUAAUGAUGAGACCCUUUUAUCGGCUGUUGCCAGCGCUUUGCACACAAGUUCCGCACCAAUUACGGGGCAAGUCUCUGCUGCUGUGGAAAAGAACCCCGCUGUUUGGCUUAACACAUCUCAACCCCUCUGCAAAGCUUUCAUUGUCACAGAUGAAGACAUUAGGAAACAGGAAGAGCGAGUACAACAAGUUCGUAAGAAAUUGGAAGAAGCGCUGAUGGCAGAUAUCUUGUCACGAGCGGCUGAUACAGAAGAGAUGGAUCUGGAAAUGGACGGUGGAGAUGAAGCAUAAGAAUAUGAUCAGGUAACUUUCGACCGACUUUCCCCAAGAGCAAAUUCCUAGAAAUUCAACAAAAAAUGUUUCCACUGGGUUUUUUUCUGUAAGAAAAAAUGAACCCAAACAUAUAGAGCUUUUUCAUAGCACUAACCAAUGCCUUUUUAGAUGUAUUUUUGAUGUAUAUAUCUACAAUUAAAAAAAAAAAAGAAAUGAUGUUUAUUUUGAGUCCAAGGACUUAAAAGUAGUCUUUUUUAAUAUCAAGCAGGACCCUCCCAAUGAAGCUGGGCUUUGGAUGCUAGGUGCAAUUCCGCCGGAGACGCAGCACUUACAUGAAAUCAUUGUGCCCCACGGUUUUAAUAUGAGUGGAUCAGAAGUACCAAAUAAAUCUGCCCAGGAAAGAUUGUUAUGACGUCACUGUAUAUAAACAGAUUUUUAUACUUCUAUUGAACGAGGACACCUGUACAUUCUUCCAUCAUCACUGUAAAGACAAAUAAAUGAUUAUAUUCACA